AUUACUACUGUUGAAACCAAAUGCUGUUUUGUAUCGUAAACAAUCGACUGAUGGCAUUUUUUUCAUCUGUUCAGUGAAUUGGAGCACUGUCAAGCACAUCGUGGAAAUGCGCAACGAAGCGCUCCCCCGCCACAACUCGGAAACAGCAACCACUUCCCUACCGUAACUAGCUUUUCUUGUUCAUCCUCAAUCAUGCCCGUUUCCCUUGGCGACGAUUCGGACGACGAUUCGGACAUGGACUUUCUGCUCCAGCCACCGGUAUUUGCCAGGCCGAAGAAACCGGAGAAAAAACGCCCAGAGCCGAGGCCGAUCCUCUCGCUGGAACAGAUGCUUUCCGAACGACGCAACAAUGCGAACGCGGGAACGAAGAAGGAAUCCGCGGGAGGGCGCAAACGGAAACAAAACCAUCAAGCGGCGAGGGAAGGAAAGGCGAAACGAAACUCCGGCAAGGAYGACGAGACGAAAGCCGUGCGUCCCCGGGCACAGCGACGAACGGAUCCGGAGUGGAUCGAAAAGCAGGCACGAAUGACCGUAGAGGAAGAACUGAAAUUGGACAUGGCCGACAGGAUUGACGAUUUGGACGGCAUUGGGUGGUACCGUGAAUCCAAGAAAAGGAAGGCCGAUGUGUUUUACCCAGCAAUCCUAUCCGGAAAGAACAGUUCCGAGGCAAGAAUCCUUCUCAAGAACAAAAACACGAGCAGCAGCAAAACGAGGAACAAGAUUCGGAUUCAAUACAUCGGGGCCACCUAUAGAUACACCUCGCAUCACCAAGAAGUUGCCUCUUCGAGGUGGAUUCCGUUGUCCAAAAGCACCGAUUUGGAAAACGAAAAGCGUCUUCAGGGUUUCAUCAAAGCAAUCUCUCCCGACUUUAAAAAGAACUUGUUGGAUCUGAAAAUCGAGGAACUCGCCAUUCGGAAAAUAUGGGAGAAAGUAAGGACCAGGACCGAAGAGCGCCGAGCGMGAGAAAAAGAGGAGCGCGCCGCUAGAGCGACGGCGGAAGCAUUCCCUCCGGUUCCCGUGACGCAGGAUUCCGAYAGCAACAGCCAGAACAGCGGUGCAGACGCACACGCCGCGGGCAGCGACAUCGAUUCCGAUUGCGAUUCCGAUUGCGACAACGCCAGCAGCUGCGACGAGAGCUUGCCCGGCUCUUCCGARACGAGGCAGGAAAGCCGAAAACCGCCGCUCCGGGUGGGCGACGAGGUCGAAUUCUACGACGUAAUGGGGACGCACGGGGAUCCGUCGUCCCUGCGGAGGGCCACCGUCGUGGGCGUUCAAUCCGGGGACAGUCGGUUCCCCUUGCUGUUGUCRAACACGCUUGCUCCGCUUCCGGCGAACCACAUGGUCCGUCGGUUGCCGGACGGUCGCUGGCGUCCCGUCAGCGGUUUUGCCCUUCGCUCAGAGGGGGGGCAGACCCUGGCGGCGACAAACAAUUUUCGCGAGAUACGGGCACAAGUCAUCAAGGCCGCAAACGACUUUUGGAAGAACGACGGAAAGGGUGGCAAUGACAUCGGUGCAAAAGAGGAAAAGGCGGGAAACUUCGAUAGGAAGAAGGAGACACAGAAAAAGAGAACCAAGGACGGAAACAAAGUCAAAAACGGCGAUCGCGUUUCCAAAAAUCGCCGUGCAUCACUCCGAAUUCGUCGCAAGGGGGACACUGGUUGAAUCUCCGAUUGCGUAUUGGAAACCGAAKGAAUCAUUCAGAAAAGACCGAAGGCGCAAGGGUUGUUGCAUCACUUUCGCAGCGCCGAGGUAAUCUAAAAUCGGUUGUUUAGAUGGCACAAAAAAGUCUCUGGCUUAGUUGAUUCACUUCUGAGCUGACACGGAAUACUAUGUGAUGUUCUCGGGGCACAAAAUAAAAAUCUAUUUCAAGUCGUGGUUGCGUCGACCAUUACGGUAAUGGAUGAAGGCAGCUUACUUUCAUUCCAAGACCUAGAAACUGGAAUAUUGAUGGAGGUCUACCGUAACUAGCAAUAUGGUAUGAAUUCGGAACGGAUGGAUUUAUGAAAUAAAACAACAAAGAAAAUCGCUUUGUGGGAAGGAGUUAUGUUACAAUACGUUUUUUUAAUUCUUUCGGAUCUAAAACUUAGUGAAGCUCAAUUUGGUUGCUCUGUGUUUUUUCAAUUUCUUGCACCGUGCUGAUUACAAUUGUUAUUGUUACUACAGUAUAGAUCUAUUUGGCGCGGCUUUUUCCUCCGCACGCUCAUGGAUGUGAAAUUUGGAUCCACUGCAUGUGGCCAUUUUCCUGACAUUCGUGCUAUGGCAGUUCAAACUGCUAUGGAAACUACGUGUAUUUGAACUCAAAUUAAUUUGGUGUGCAUUUCUGCAAUUUCUCUCGCUGUCAGCUGAUCUCUUUUUGCUUCCACAAUACCAUUUCUUUCAGUGCCAUACCGGUAUCUAUUCAUAGUAUCCAUGCUUUUUCUUGUGGACGGACUUGCAUACUGGCGACCGAUCCAGCAACAACACAAACGAGAAGCACCGCGGAAUGACAACGACAACAAACUUCUCCGUAGCCGAUUUAUCUGAAAGUUUCUUUUGAAGACAAUGUACUGGGGGCUACCAACAAUACGAGAACAGUAAAAUAAAAUGUAUUAAUUUAAGUGAAUACUGACUUGGAACACACAAAUCAGCGAAGGAGAACUUUGAUAUAAAACUAUUAACCAGAGCUGUUCUUUUGUAGUCAAGACUCCAAUCUCUUAUUCGGGGAAUCUUUGGGCUACAUUCGCGAAUACUGGCCAUUGAAUCCAUCCAUGGAAUUGCUCGUCUUUGAUCCAGACAAGCCACCGGCAAUUUAGUGGCACUGCGCAUAACACGCAUCUUGGCCUUCCGACAACAAACUAUCAAACGAUCGACCAACCACCACGACCUAUGCCUUGGCCUCCUGCGCUAGUGACUUCUAAAGUCACGAAUGGAUAAAAGAUCUAGUGUACUCGCAAUCGAAUUUAAAAACUCAUACCCAUACCGCCCCCACCCAUUGCUCCGCCCAUACCGCC